UACCCAGACCUUAUCCAACAUCCACAAUGGUCGUACUCGCUGCAUCUGUCUGUACAAGAAGUGGCAAACCUCUACUCUCCCGUCAAUUCAGACCUAUCCCCCGCGGUCGUAUCGACUCUCUCCUCGCAUCUUUCCCUAAACUCAUCCCUGCCAACUCGCAACAUACUACGGUCGAGACGAACGAUGUCAGAUUUGUGUACCAGCCUUUCGAGGAGCUCUAUGUCUUGCUCAUCACGAAUAAGGGGAGCAAUAUCCUCCAGGACAUUGGCACUCUAUCUUUGAUCGUUCGCCUGAUCUCCUCCCUCACACCAGCAAUGACCGAACCUGCUAUCCUCCACCAUUCCUUCGAUCUUCUCUGUGCCUUUGACGAAGUCGUCUCCCUCGGCUACAAGGAGAACGUCUCUCUCCUCCAGGUCCGCAACGUCCUCGAAGGGGAGUCGCACGAAGAAAAGAUCCAAGAGAUCAUUGCGCGCAACAAGGAGGCCGAGGCGAAAGAAGAGCUGAAGAGACGCGCAAAGCAGCUCGAGAUGCAGAGGCGGGAGCAGCAGAGGCGCGCGCAAGGCGGCGGUAGUGCAGGAGGCUUUGGAAAUGGUGCUGGGAAUGGGUACUCGUCCGUCCCUAGGUAUGAACAGCCGGCUGCUGCGCAAGAAUAUAGGGCACCAUCGCCUGCGGUGAAUGCGCCUUCCAAGCCGGCGUUCAAGGGGAGUGGAAUGAAACUCGGGAAGAAGGGAAAGCAGACAGAUCUGAUGAACGCUCUGGGUGGGGAGGGUCAGGGCGGUUAUGAAUGAGUGAGAUGCCGAGUGGUGGGAGAUGAGAUGCCGAGUGAUGGGAGAGGAGACGGUCGUGAGGCGUGUUCCAACCAAAAUGCAAAAGGUGGUUGAAAGUCGUUGAGCUGUCCUAGAAGAAUGUCAUAGGCAUAUACGCUCAGAUGGCUGGCCAUGGCUUUUGGAGACCAAAUGAAACCUUGUGGUAUUGUAUGCAUACGAAUAUUUUUUCUG